GCGCCGUGAUGGGGAAGAAGGUGGCGGCGGAGGUGGGCCUGCGGCUCGCGUUGUUCGCGGUCUUCAUGGUAACAGAGCUGCUCCCGCCCUUCCAGAGGCUCAUCCAGCCCGAGGAGAUGUGGCUCUACCGGAAUCCGUACGUGGAAGCAGAGUAUUUCGCCACCAAGCCGAUGUUUGUCGUCGCCUUACUGGCCCCGCUGGCCCCGGUCCUCCUGGCCAGGUGUCUGAAGAAGGCGGACGCAGUGGACAGCCGGCAGGCCUGCCUGGCUGCCAGCCUGGCCCUGGCUCUGAACGGCGUCUUCACCAACACAGUCAAACUGAUAGUGGGGAGGCCACGCCCAGACUUCUUCUACCGUUGCUUCCCCGACGGGCAAGCCCAUCAUGACUUGACGUGCACAGGAAAUGAGGACGUGGUGAAUGAGGGCCGCAAGAGCUUCCCCAGUGGACAUUCUUCCUUUGCAUUUGCUGGUCUGGCCUUCGCGUCCUUCUACCUGGCAGGGAAGUUACACUGCUUCACACCACGAGGCCGAGGGGAAUCUUGGAGGUUCUGUUCCUUUCUGUCACCCCUACUCUUUGCAGCUGUGAUUGCACUGUCCCGCACCUGUGACUACAAGCAUCACUGGCAAGAUGUCCUGGCUGGAUCCACCAUCGGCCUGACGUUCGCCUAUGUCUGCUAUAGGCAGUACUACCCUCCCCUGACGGACGCCCAGUGCCACAGACCACUGCAGCGCAGCCCUGCUCUUCCCACCGCGCAAAAGCAGCCUGGCGACCCUCGUCAUUUUGAUGUUUAGACACUGGAGCUGCCUUCCUGGAAAACAGGACUGAAGAUCUGCCCAAAUGCACCAGCUGUGCCAAGCAGCCAAGGCAGGGCAGGGUAGUCAGAGACCGGCUGUCUGGAGGGCAGGUGAGUCUCCUCCCGCCCCGCCCUCCCCGUAGGGUAUAAUGGACCAUGACGGACAUCGGCGGAACUGAUGGUGUAGGACCUAUAACGGCCUUUCUCUGUGUUGUGAUUAUAUUUUAUGUUUUCUUUUUGUGAUUAUAUUAUAAAUAUGACCUUGAUUUGUGUAUUUCUAUAACAUAUUUUCAAUAUAUCUUUUUCCUAACGGUGAACGUGGUUUUUUGUGCUUAAAGUUCCAUUUGAGACCUGAAACAUUUCCAAAGUUAGACACCAGAUUCCCUAUCUGACACAAGUGAUUCCACUGUCUAUAGCAGUGGCUGAUGUCAAUGAUACAAAAGGAGCAUCUCAAUAUUUACCUUAUAAUCGCCGCACUUUGAAUCAACAGUCAAGGGGAAAGAACCUGAACGUUAGUUCUUUGCCCAAAACUCUUUUUAAACUUGUUUUAGUAGUACACAGGGGAAGAGAAUGGUUAUUGUACUGACUCUCUUUACUUUAUGAUGGAUGAGCCAGGUAAAAGUAGACAACUGGUCAAUAUGGUUUUAUUUCAGAAUUUACUAAAGAUUUAAAUAUAAUCACAUAAAAAACAUUUCAAAAAGUGCAAACUGUCAGAACGCUAAUCGGUGCUACCGAUCUUUCCAUGCAAACCAUCGCUUUUGCUGAGAUUAGCAAUAGCAAUUCUGCAGCUGGGAAUAUGGAGAAAAUGAUCCUCCACCAGCACUUAAAAGUAGCCUUGGUCAAGAGAUUGCGCAUGAUGCUGCUGAAGUAGUGCAAAUAAUGUACAACUAAACAAGGAACGCGUCAAGCUUAUUACCCUGUGGAAUAUACAUCCGUGAAACCAGCACAGGGGGACAAACAGGAUAUAAAGCUCUUUUCCAGUCACCUGCCCCUCACCACCAGGAAGGAAACACUUCUUAGUACAAACAGUGGUUUAUCUAGCCAUCCAGGUUGAUCCUGUUCAUCUCUGGUUACAGGGACUCACUCUUGCUGGUCCUUUGGUUUACUCUUAAAUUUUAGUUAUUCUGUUAAUAGGAAGACCAAAUUUAAAUAUGAAGACAACAACUUGAUGAAAGCUUCCCCUUUAAUAUGUACUGAAUGCUACUGAAUUCUCAGUAACCCUUACUUCACACUCAGAGUUUAUGUAGUAAAGAAAAUAAAGUAUUUCAUAUGGAUGAGACUUCUUAGUGGCUUAGCGUUAGUGUGUAAGCAGAUGGACAAGGUAAGGCCAGGCUCUCACCUUUACCCCAAACUUAUCUCUAGGGUGACAGUAAUUAACCUUCCCUCUGCUGUCAAAGAGGUGGCUUAUGCGAAUGUUAAAUUCCAGGGCUUUGGAUACCAUGAUAUAUUUACUUACAAGAAACCGAUAUAAAAAGCGAAACACAGCUUGCCUGUCUACACCGCUCUGUCCACCAGGGCCUGUAGGAACCUGAGAGGAGUGUGAAGGACUGUCACAAAGAGAACUGCAAAGACAAUCACAAACUGAGACCUGUGAGAAAGAAAAUACCUACAGCACAGUGGUGAGCAAGAUGCCUUGGAAACUAUUAGUCUCCAUUCACUCGUCUUCUUCAAGGUGCAUCUCACUUGCACGCUCUGACACUGACUCUGCACCAGCUGUUCCUGGCCCCAUAGACGCAGGUUUGUCUUUCAGAAUAAGGAACACUUCCCCCUAGCCAGAUCUACCAACACUGCCUGUGCCGAGAGCCUGUUCCAUAGCGACCUGCACUACGGGUACCUAAGGAGGCAACGCUGUUUGUGUGCUUGAAGAGGACACUCUUCAAUACUCCCUUCACCCAAGCAGCUGUGGCAGAUGGCUUACACAAAUUCUAUUUCACCAUCAGUGCACCACUGAAACAUUUUAUUCAUCACUUAAUAAGCAGUCAAAGCUGUGUAAUUUCAGGUCUGUCCGCUUUUAUAACCCUCAAGAACUAACAACUAAGUCGGACUUUGUCUAGAGUCUCCCAGUUUGAAGUAUGAUAUGAUAUAAAAGGGCAGGUCUAGCAUAUAUAACAUCUUUGCUUUAUAAAGAUGCACCUGAUGUGAACUAAACUGUCCACUUUAGACUGUCCUCUGAGAGCAGCUCAAACAGCUGUGGAAACAAUGAACAGCGUCAGUGAUUCCUAGCAAUAAAUCUGUCAGUCAGCUGUAGAGAGAGUAAACAGUAUUUACAGAUUUUAGUCUUUCUUCAUACAGUACGUGUAGGAAACAAAAGCUGGCUCAAGAGAAUCUGAUGGCCACCAGUCUCCCUCAUUCACUUAGACUUGGCCUUCAAAUGCAGAGAACACCCAUGAGCGAUGAGCAGACCCCAAAAUGCCUUCUGAAUCUCAGGAGUCCACUUCCAGAUUAGAAUAUUUUCUAAAGAUAAGCAAUAAUUUCUUAGAAAAAUUUAUACCCAACCCAAAACAAAAACUCAGACUUUAUACCAUCUCAAGUAAUAAACAAUAAAGUGUGGUACCUAAGAGAAAAACAAAUACCGUAUGCUAACACAUAUAUAUGGAAUCUAAGAAAAAGAAAAAAAAAAGGUCAUGAAGUACCUAGGGGUAAGACGGGAAUAAAGACGCAGACCUACUAGAGCGUGGACUUGAGGAUAAGGGGAGGGGGAAGGGUAAGCUCUGACAAAGUGAGAGAGUGGCAUGGACAUACAUACACUACCAAAUGUAAAACAGAUAGCUAGUGGGAAGCAGCCACAUAGCACAGGGAGAUCAGCUGGGUGCUUUGUGACCACCUAGAGG